AUGUUGAAAAGGUUACAGAGUCUACAGUUUCUGAAAGCAGUGGAUUGUAGUUCAUUAGAAGAGGUUUUUGAUAUGGAAGGGAUAAAUGUGAAGGAAGCUGUAGCAGUCACUCAGUUGAGUAAAUUGAUUCUACAAUUUCUGCCAAAGGUUAAACAGAUAUGGAAUAAGGAACCCCGUGGAAUUCUCACUUUUCAAAACUUAAAAUCAGUAAUGAUUGAUCAAUGUCAGAGUUUGAAAAACCUUUUUCCAGCAUCUUUAGUCAGAGAUCUAGUGCAACUUCAGGAACUGCAAGUGUGGUCUUGUGGGAUAGAGGUAAUUGUUGCAAAGGACAAUGGAGUCAAGACAGCAGCUAAGUUUGUAUUCCCUAAAGUAACCUCUCUCAGACUCUCCCAUCUACAUCAACUCAGGAGUUUCUACCCAGGGGCACAUACUUCACAGUGGCCAUUGUUGAAAGAACUGAAGGUGCAUGAGUGCCCUGAAGUCGAUUUAUUUGCAUUUGAAACUCCAACAUUCCAACAAAUACAUCAUAUGGGAAAUCUUGAUAUGCUGAUUCACCAGCCCCUUUUCUUGGUGCAACAGGUUGCAUUCCCUAACUUGGAGGAAUUAACAUUGGAUUACAACAACGCGACAGAAAUAUGGCAAGAACAAUUUCCAGUUAAUUCCUUUUGCAGACUAAGAGUUCUGAAUUUUGAUAAAUUUGGCACCAUGCUCGGUAUCUUUCCAAAAUCUAGAUACUCUAGACGUGUGGUCUUGUGGCAGUCUGAAAAGUUUGAUAUCACCCUUGGUAGCUAA